UCAAUUCUGAAUUGUGUAGAUUUACUAUUAUUUCAGUUAAUUAUAUUUAUUGAUAAACUGGAACACCAAAGACUCUUGCAGGGGGAGCCAAACUACCUUCUGAGAAGAGAGGAUGCUGCCAGGCAAGGAGAUGAUCAGUUUGGCCUUCCUAACAGACACGGAGCGGGAGCUUAUCCUGGCAGUGCUCCAGCGGGAUGAAGAGCUGAGGCGAGCGGAGGAGUGCCGUGUGCGGAGGCUGAAGGCAGAGCUGCUGGACAUCAAAAAGAAAGGAGCCAAGCGUGGCAGCAGGAACUACAGCGAUCGCAGCUGCGGCCGCUGCCAGGAGCCGCUUAGCCCAUUGGGUGCCAGCCAAUGCAAUAGCUGCAAUCACCAAGUGUGCUGCAAAUGCAGAGCGGUCCGCCCCAAUGGAUUCUGGGUGUGCAGCGUGUGUGCCAAGGAGGCAGAAGUGAAAAAGAGCACAGGAGAUUGGUUCUAUGACCAGAGGGUCAAUCGCUUCAUGAAUUCUCCUGGACAUACCAUAGUGAAGGCAUCCCUGAGAAAGAGACCUCAAAUGAAGAAGCGAGAGACCGUUGGUGAGGUGCUCCUUCAGAGCUCAGAGAUGACGCCCAGACAGGCUGCCCCCUUCCCCCAACCCAGACUGAAGAAACCAGCACCACUCAAAACAAGGGCGGACCCAGAGGCCUCUGAUUCCACAGAGGAGAGGGAGCAGGAGCAUGACAGUGCCGAAUCAGUUGCCAGCCCAAAUAGCUUUAGGACCGAAAUGGACUCCUCCUGCCAAUCCUCAAGCCUAACGAGGAGGGACAAGCCAGAGGGGGACACAACAGGUCGGUCCAGUCCUACAGGCUCCAAAGUGUCUGCCCAAGCCGCCCCUUCCCAAGCAAGCCCCUCCCACGGCUUCGCCUCUAAACCGGUCCCUUUAGUACAACGUGUCCUCCCCUGCUCAGGGGUCAUCUUGUUUGAGGAUGAAGGUCUGUUUAAGAUGAGCACCAAAAGAACACAGAAGCCUGCAGGAAAUGGUAGGCCCCCCUCAAUGCUGGACCUGCAUGAUGGCAGUGCAGAGGUCUCAGGAGGGUCCAUGGGGAAUCGCAGCAAGUCUGUACCAGGCCUCAACAUGCAGGUCUAUAAACAGGAGGAAGAGGAAGAAGAAGACAUAGAUAAUCUGGUGAAGUUCCACAGAGAGGCAACACAUGGCAGCAAUUUUAGUCUGCACAGCUCCAUCUCCAAGAGCACGCUGGGAAGUAUGACAAGCUUGUACAGCGAGAUGGGGGAUUACAACUGUGUGGAGGUCAGCGGGGACAUUGUGUUCUCCCUUAGCUAUGAUGAGCGCACCCAGACCUUGUCUGUCCUCAUCAAAGAGUGCCACAAUCUGGCCUACGGGGACACGGCCAGAAUGCGCUCCAACCCCUAUGUCAAAUGCUACCUACUCCCAGAUAAGUCUCGGCAAAGCAAGCGGAAAACCACCACCAAGCGCAGCACCGUCAGUCCCACCUAUAAUGAGACUCUCAAGUUCUUGAUCAGCCAUUCCCAGCUGCUCAUGCGAACGCUGCAGCUCUCUGUCUGGCACUAUGACCCCUUCGGCCGCAAUGCUUUUCUGGGGGAGGUGGAGCUCCCGCUGGACUGCAGGGACUUGGGGUCCACCCACGAGGAGUGCGUGGCCCUCAGGGGAAAGUCGUCUGCCUUCGCUCAGCAAAGAGGCCAGCUGGUGAUUUCCCUGAAGUAUGUAGCUGCCGACAUGCCACCCAAAGACAAGUGUAAAGGUGAGGGGGGUAAGAAAAGGAACGAGGAACAGGGGGAGCUGCACGUCCUGAUCAAAGAGGCCAGGGACCUGCGAGCAGCAAAAGGGGGAGGUUCACCAGAUUCCUUCGUAAAAGGGCACUUGCUGCCAGCCAAAACCAAGGCUGCCAAGAGGAAGACUCCAGUGUUGAGGAUGAGCUCGAACCCGCAUUACGACCACACCUUUGUCUACAAGGACGUGAGUCUGGAGCAGCUGAAGGGCAUGUGCCUGGAGCUGACCGUGUGGGACCAUGAGGACACGUCCAGCAACAACUUCCUGGGGGGUGUCCGGCUGACCUCUGGGCCAGGGAUGAUGAAGGGGGAGGGGCCAGAGUGGUCAGGCUCCACUGAGGAGGAGGUGUGUCUAUGGCAGAAGAUGAUGCAGUACCCUGGCUCAUGGGCAGAGGGCAGUCUUUCACUGUGUUCCUCCAUGGGCUACAGCAAGUGAGGACAUCAAAUUACCUGCUACACUUCAGUGGCACAGAAGGAAAGGACCAGGCUCCAGGCACAGAGGAU